AUGCAACCAAUAUCAUAUCCUUCAUCAAGAGUUUCACAGUUAGAUGCUAAUAUACUAGACUCAGAGUUAUUUUCACUACUAAAAGAUCAGCUUUCCUCAAUAUUCCAGCUACACGAAAAUAGUAAUAAUUCAUUUGUUAGUAAAUUUUCAUUUAGUAAACAUCCAGAAACUUAUUCAUUGCUUUUAAAUUUAUUAAUAUUUAAAUUGACUGUAUGGAAAUCAGGAUCUUCUUAUGGAGAUGCAUUACAAAAUUUAAAAUUGACGAACUCGAAAACUGGUAAAGUUAUUGGUUUCAAUAAAAAGACUUUAUUACUUGCGUUCUUAGUUGGAACUUAUUUAUAUAAGAAGAUAGAAACGAAACUAUAUCAGAUAGAUGAAACAGAUCAGAACAACGACAAUGAAUCCAUUUUCAGUAAAAUCAAAAACAAAAUUAUUAAUAAUAGAACUGAAAUAUUGACAAAAUGUGAUAAUUCAUUAAAAAUAAUAAAUUUGAUCAAUUUUACAAUUUUCUUAGUGAACGGUAAAUAUUCGUCAGUAGUUCAUAGAGUACUAGGAAUUACAGAAACUCCAGUUAUAUCAGACUUAUUAAAAUUCAACGGAAGCAACGUAAAUUACGAAUUUCAAAACAGACAAUUAGUUUGGAACGUAAUGACUGAAUUCUUGGUAUUUUUAUUACCAUUAUUACAACUUAAAAAAAUCCAAAAAUUCACAACAAAAAUGAUCUCAAAAUCAACAAAUCCAAACCUGAAAGAUUCCACAAACUCGGUAGUAGUUGAUUCAAAAUUAAUUACACCUUUUACAAAUUUACCAGUACUGGAAUGUGCAAUAUGUCAUUAUAAUAUUCAACAAGCUUCACAAUCUGGUGGAAGAGUUUUCACAACUGCUGGACCAGUGACUAAUCCAUGUAUUACAAAUUGUCAACAUGUAUAUUGUUAUGUUUGUAUUGCAACUCAAUUUAAUAUUAAAAAAAUUAGUGGUGAAGAUGUUUUGUGUUUAAGGUGUAAUAGUAAAUUGGAAUGGUUUCAAGAAUUUGAGGCUGAUGAGAAAGCAAUUGAUGAAGAUGCUAUUACUAUAAAGGUUGAGGAGGAUGACGAUGAAGAUGAUGAAGAGGAAGAAUUAGACGAAAAAAUAGAGAAGGUUAACGAAAGUGAAACAGAAAGUGAAGAAGUAGAAAAUUUUCAACCACUAGAAAAAGUAUCGACUACCAAGUUGGAGAGACAUUUGAGUCGUAGAUCUUCAAUCUUUGAUGAAGAUUAUCAGGUAGAGGAAAGUGAGGACGAAUUUAGCGAUGAAGAAGAAAUGGAUGCUGAUGAAGCGAUGCUAUAA